GAGUUUUCCUGGAUGCACCUGCGUGUAAGGACUUCUGCUGAUCACAAUGAAGGCUUUCCUGGCCAGCCUUAUGGUCCUUGCUACCUUCAUGACUGCAUGCAAUGCACAGUGCCAUGUAAUCGCUUUGGGCAAAGAUCAAGAAUGCAAGGAUGUUAAUGGAGUCACUCGCCUAGUGAACUCGAAAUGGAGAAAUUCGAACUGUGAGGAGUGUUACUGCAGUGAACAUGAAAUCAGCUGCUGUAAUUUAGUUCUUGAACCUACUGGUUUUGACCCCAAGUGCGAGAAAAUCUUUCACAAGUCGAACUGCAGCUAUACUGUGGUGGAGAAGAACAACCCAGGAAAGCCCUGCACUGUUAGCAGUUGGGUAAUAUAAUAUUCUUCUAAUGCUCCAAGCCUGUCAGGGCCCAGGCCCUUCCAGGAUAGACCUCAUUCACCUAUGGCCUCUAAUAGCCUGUGAUUUCCUAGCCCUACCAAUCAAUAAAAAAAUAUUUUGAGCAAACA